GUCCACAUCGCCCGAUUUUCAUUCCAACAACCCUUUUCUUUUAUUCCUUUUACCCAUCAAACUAUAAACAAACCCACGUCCCCUCUUUCUUUCUUCUUGAAUUUCAACUUGAACUUUUAACGGUCCAUUCAUAUAUCUUUGUUGAUUUAAACAAUGGCGGAUGAAGAUAUUCAGCCUCUUGUUUGUGAUAAUGGAACUGGAAUGGUGAAGGCUGGAUUUGCGGGGGACGAUGCCCCGAGAGCCGUUUUCCCCAGCAUUGUCGGGCGCCCACGUCACACUGGAGUUAUGGUGGGCAUGGGACAGAAAGACGCAUACGUCGGGGAUGAGGCCCAGUCGAAAAGAGGUAUCCUUACAUUGAAAUACCCGAUUGAGCACGGUAUUGUGAAUAACUGGGACGAUAUGGAAAAGAUUUGGCAUCACACGUUCUACAACGAGCUUCGUGUUGCUCCAGAAGAACACCCUGUUCUUCUUACCGAAGCACCACUUAAUCCGAAAGCCAAUCGUGAAAAAAUGACUCAGAUUAUGUUUGAGACGUUUAAUGCUCCUGCCAUGUAUGUUGCCAUUCAAGCUGUUCUUUCGCUUUACGCUAGUGGCCGUACGACUGGUAUUGUGCUGGAUUCUGGAGAUGGUGUGAGCCAUACGGUACCCAUUUACGAAGGGUAUGCACUCCCGCAUGCCAUAUUACGUUUGGACCUUGCGGGUCGUGACCUGACCGACGCAUUAAUGAAAAUCCUCACUGAACGAGGUUAUUCGUUCACGACAAGUGCUGAACGAGAAAUCGUGAGAGAUAUGAAAGAGAAACUGGCUUACAUUGCACUUGAUUUCGAACAGGAGCUAGAAACUUCCAAGACUAGCUCCUCAGUCGAAAAAAGCUUCGAGUUACCCGAUGGUCAGGUGAUCACAAUCGGUGCUGAACGGUUCAGAUGUCCCGAAGUUCUUUUCCAGCCAUCGAUGAUCGGAAUGGAAGCCGCGGGUAUUCACGAGACGACUUAUAAUUCUAUAAUGAAAUGUGACGUGGAUAUUAGGAAGGAUUUGUAUGGAAACAUUGUGCUUAGUGGCGGAACUACUAUGUUCCCGGGUAUUGCUGACCGGAUGAGUAAGGAAAUUACCGCGUUAGCCCCGAGCAGCAUGAAGAUUAAAGUCGUCGCGCCACCUGAAAGGAAGUAUAGUGUCUGGAUCGGAGGGUCGAUUUUGGCAUCGCUUAGCACUUUCCAGCAGAUGUGGAUCGCGAAGGCGGAAUAUGAUGAAUCUGGACCGUCGAUUGUGCAUAGGAAAUGUUUUUAAUCGCGGGAAAAGAAGUCGAAAGGAUGAAUGUGUACUAUUCAGGAGACAUUGGUUUCUGGUUAUCUCUAUUCAUUCGGAUAUUCAUUAGGUGAAUGAGCAUGAAUGUUGAUUCCUAGAAUAAUUUCACAAAUCUUUGGAAUGGUUAACUAGUUUUUGGAAAGACAAAACGUGUCGAUGAUCAACGUUAUCGUUGUGUUUUUUGUUUCAAUAAUGUACCAACUCUGUAAGGGAUUUGUUUCUAUGAAUGAAUUACUUGUAACAAUAUCGGUUUACUA